CUCGCUUCGUUCCGCUGCUGUCACUUUGCCGAUGUGAGAAUCGCCCAGCAGCAUCUCAGCCGAGCAGCAGCGCAAAAAUGCACUGAAAUACGCAUCUUAGGACAUUUCCACCCUCUUUCGGUUUGCCAUGAGGGCGUGUGAUAGGAAUAACAGGGAUGUUCGCACCGGAUUACGUCCCUUUAUUUUGAGAAAAAUGCGGAUUGUUUUGCGCUCGAGGUGUUAACGCAGGAAAAAUAUAUAUAUAUAUAAAUAUAUAUAUAUACAAAAAUGAAGAAGCAGUUCAAUCGGAUGCGACAGCUCGCCAACCAGACUGUUGGCAGGGCAGAAAAAACCGAGGUACUGAGUGAUGACCUGCUGCAGGUGGAGAAGCGUUUAGACCUGGUAAAGCAGGUCUCCCAUAGCACACAUAAGAAGCUGAACGCCUGUCUGCAGGGUCAACAAGGCACUGAUUUGGAAAAGAAAUCCGUCAAAUCUCCCUCUAAAAAGUUGCCCCUGACGAUACUUGCUCAGUGUAUGGUGGAGGGAGCGGCUGUGUUAGGAGAAGAAUCUCUUCUUGGCAAGAUGCUGAAUCUCUGUGGUGAGACCGAGGAGAAAUUGGCCCAAGAGCUCCUCAUGUUUGAGAUUCAGAUUGAAAGAGAUGUUGUGGACCCUCUGUAUUUGCUGGCUGAGGUGGAAAUUCCCAACAUUCAGAAACAGCGAAAACAUUUAGCCAAACUGGUCCUGGACAUGGAUUCUGCCAGGACACGGUGGCAACAGUCCUCCAAAUCUUCAGGUCAUCCUAGUAAUGUGCAGCAGGGCGGAGCCAAGUCUGACUCCCUGAGAGAGGAAAUGGAGGAGACGGCCAAUCGGAUGGAGAUCUGCAGGGACCAGUUAUCAGCGGACAUGUACAACUUUAUGGCCAAAGAAAUAGACUAUGCAAACUACUUUCAUACGCUCAUAGAGGUUCAGGCUGAGUAUCACAGGAAGUCUUUGGAGAUUCUGCAGAGUGUGCUGCCACAGAUCAAAGCCCACCAGGAGGCAUGGAUAGAGAAACCAUCGUAUGGAAAGGCCUUAGAGGAGCAUCUAGCCAUCAGUGGCAGGGAGAUUGCAUUUCCUAUUGAGGCGUGCGUCACCAUGCUGCUCGAAUGUGGCAUGGAGGAAGAGGGUUUAUUUCGGGUGGCUCCCUCAGCCUCCAAGCUGAAGAAACUUAAAGCAUCUCUGGACUGUGGGGUUCUGGAUGUGCAGGAGUACUCAGCCGACCCACAUGCCAUCGCAGGAGCUUUGAAGUCUUAUCUUCGUGAACUUCCCGAACCUCUAAUGACCUUUGAACUCUAUGAUGAAUGGAUUCAAGCCUCAAAUAUUCAAGAUAUGGAUAAAAGGCUCCAAGCCCUUUUGUGUACAUGUGAGAAACUACCAGCAGACAAUCUGAACAACUUCAGAUAUUUAAUCAAGUUCUUAGCCAAACUCACAGAGCAUCAAGAUGCUAAUAAAAUGACGCCAGGUAAUAUUGCAAUAGUUCUUGGACCCAACCUGCUGUGGACACAUUCAGAAGGGAACAUGACGGAAAUGAUGACCACCAUGUCCCUGCAAAUCGUUGGCAUCGUUGAGCCGAUCAUCCAGCAUGCUGACUGGUUCUUCCCUGGAGAGAUAGAGUUCAACCUGACAGGCAGCUUCGGCAGCCCAGUCCAUACCAACCACAACUCCAACUACAGCUCCAUGCCCUCGCCCGAUAUGGACCAAUCAGAUCGCAAACAGCAGCAUGACCAGAGCCGACGCCCACUCAGUGUUGCUACUGACAACAUGAUGCUGGAAUUCUACAAGAAGGAUGGCAGCAUUAGGAAAAUUCAAAGUGUGGGUGUCAGAGUGAUGGACACGUCGUGGGUGAAGGGCAAAAGUUCCUCUACAUUGACCCGCAAAGCCUCGUCCACGCCUCCACAAGCGCCCGGCUCUCCUGCAGACACCCUGAUCACUGAGCAGCCCGGUGAGCUGGCCACAUCUCCAAUCCCCACACCCCCUCCUGGAGACAGGGGCAGCUCAGACGACGUGUCGCCCAUUCGGCCGGAUUCCUCACAUGUCUAUUCGUCCCACGUGGAGGAGCGGCCACCCCCUCCGUACCCUUCCUCGUCCUCAUCUUCCCACCCCGGUUCUCACCACUUCUACCCCAAGCCCCCUCCCUGCGCUCGGCCCGUCGCCCCUGGUCCCGAGUCCCAGCCUCCCGGCUCCCCACCUCCGCCCCUGCGCUGGGCCGGCUUCGGCCUUUCCCAGCCCCAGCCACCCCCCUCCUCUUCUUCCUCUUCCUCCUCCUCCUCACUCGAUAUCAACUCCAACCCCAAGCCUAGCUGCCUGCACUUUCCCAAACACGGGCCCCUGUGUGACGCGCCGCAUGCCGCUUCAACUGACGCCAGUGCUUCACCCCUCUAUAUUAAAACCCCUCUCGUACUGACCCGCCAUGACAUGUCCCUCGGAAACCCCCCUAGCCUCCCCUCCACCGCACCCCCGCCGUGGGCUGCCUGUCCAUGUGCCCGUGAGAGAGGACCCCCCAGGCUGACUAGCACUCUGAAGAGCAAGGACCUCUCUCCUGUGAUUGGCCACAAGUCUGCGCAGGCAUCAGGAGCAACAGUGCCCCCUGUCAGUGGUCAGCAGAGCAACAGCCAGUCUCCCCAUUCUGCAGAGCACAGCCCCCACACCUUACGCAAAGCCUCUAAGAAACUGGCCCCUGUACCACCCAAGGUUCCCUACGGCCAGUCGGGGGGGAUAUCAGACCAAUCCACAGGUCAGCCGUCUCCGGUUAGCCUGUCCCCCACUCCCCCAAGUACCCCCUCCCCAUACAGUUUGGGCUGUCCCCCAGGACUCGCGCCCACCUCUUCCCCUGGCCAGACCCCAUUAGGGGGACCCCAUACAUUGUCCUCGCCGCCGUCUCUGACUGGUACGCUCACAAAGUCACGACCCACCCCAAAGCCCAGGCAGAGACCCAGUCUACCCCCUCCCCAGCCACCCACUGUCCCCCCUACGGCCCCCCAGCCCCUGGAGCAGGGUCUACUUGACGGAUUGUCCCCCGGGGAGAGCAUGUCCACAGCAGAUUUCUUCAGUUUGGAAAUUCCCUCCAUCAACGUCAAUCUGGACAGCCUGUUGGACGAAUUCAGGGUCCCACGUCGGAGCUCCCUUGCUGCGGUCAGCUCUCCGGAGGGCGAGUCUGUGUCCGAGGAGGAGGGCCAAAGCACCACGCUAUGACCCCUUAGCCCACCCAGCAGCAUGCCAGCUUCACAUAGAACCCAUUUACUCCUGCUGAGGCCCAACUGGAAACCCCACCUUGACCAAACCCAGAGUCUCGGAUACUACAUGAGAGACUCGUAUAAGAUAAGACGGCAACCACACAACAGGUGCCACUAAAAAAUAAAUAAAUAAAUUAUAUUUCGUUCAAAUUGGCACCGGAGGAAUCUGGAGUUUUGUGUUACAAUGCCCGAACGAUUUUGUCGGUUUUGUUUUCUUGUCAUGUUGUUGGAUUUGUUUGAUUGGGAUGUUUUUAUUUCUGCCUUAUCAGAGCUGCAAUUACAAUACAGUGCACAUAGGGAGCAGUCUGCUCACUCUAAAGGAACCUCAUACUCUUUGUCUCGCUUGAGGCUUCAAACUGAGAUGCACCCUCAUGGUCUGAGAGUAGGAGAGUCUUUGUUUGUUACAGGGUCCAUGCCAUGCUUUUUAUAGAUGACUUGGUGGCAUAUAGCAUGUUUGAGUCUAAUUUUGCAAUGCUGAGGUCUCACAAUGCUUUCUUUCUUUCUAAUGCAGAACAUGAAACCAAGGCAGGAAAUCCCGGGUUCCCACAAUAUCAGGGUAUUUUAAUAGCGACAUGGAUUUUUUUUUACUCUAAAAAGAUGCAUUUCCUAUAGUCUGUAAUUUAUUUUAUUUUAUGAAGUAUUUCUUCUAUGUGAGAAUUAUCCUGGAAUACCAUUAAUGGAAAUGCAUUGGUCAGAAGGUGUGGGAACCCUGGAAAUCUCAAAUCCGCACCCUGUACCUGCUAAACAGAAAAGUUGCUUGUGCUAAAAACAGGUCACGGCAUCCACUACUGAGAUCAACCACUGGUUGCACUGCUUUGCAUUUUCUGUUGUCCUUCCACACUCAUAUGCCCUCCAAAGUGCUUCGAAUGCAGUGCCACACUAUCCCUUCUGUAUAUACCAGUACUGUAUAUAAAGAUGUGUAGAUAAGUGUCAACGAGAGGAGAAAUGUAAAAGCAAAUAUGAAUUAUAUAUUCAUAAAUGUGACAUGCCAUAUUUAUCUUGUAUAGAAAUAAUGUUCUAAGUAUUAUUUUGUCCCUGAACACUUUUUGUCAGGUUCACAUUGCAAAUGAGUUUUUUGCACUUUUGUAAGCCAGGAACUAGAUGUAGAAAUAUGAAUGCAGACGUGGCAGAAGUUUAGGUAGAGUUAUUCCCAAGAGAGAUUUUAUCCCUAAACCGACCUCAUCGAUAACAGCCUUAAUCAACAGCAUAAAUCAAAAACCAACACAAACCACUUAUUAUUAUUUGAAAAUAGAUGAAGUUGUCGACAGAUUACACUAAUUGUAUAACAUCAGUUCAGUCUUAGUAUUGUAUAGAAACUGGAAGGUUAUAAAUGAAAAUACAACGGCCCCAAAAAGUUGCGAUGUGUGGAAUCUGCAAAAUAAUGACAGCCAACUAACCAGAUGUUUCUUUCCAUUACUUUAAGUCAACUGCUGUCGCAAUGAUUUUUAGUGCAUGUAUGAGGUUUUUUCCUCACUGAUGUCAUUCAUCACAUGAACGAUAGACAUGAUGUGUCCACAUACUUUUUAGGGGCCACUGUAUAGCAUUUAUCACUGAAAAUCAAUGGAAAAAUAUAGAUUUUAUAACUUGGCAGGGAUCCUUUCGAAAUGUCGUCUCAAAGAUGUCAGGCCCUAAAGAUCAUUCAAAGUCUCAUUGCUUUAACCCCAGACACAUUAUCUGAUGCCUCACUUGGAUGGCACAUUUGUUUCAUUGGUAUACAACACUACGAGAUUAAAUGGAUGCUGCAGUUUCUCUUGUCUGAACUGAGCGCAGGACUUCAUUAAGGUCAAAUAAACAUUAGUUCACUUCUGUCCCGUCGAAGGAAUGGGCACAACGAAACGCCUCUGUUCUCAUGUGAAGGACUCUACUUCCAACAGUGGAUAGCCAUGGCUUGUUUUUUAGUGUACGUCAGGGACAAAAGGACUUUUUUGCUGAAAUCUGUGAUAUGCCUCGGUGUGUGUUCUUGAUGAAAUAUAGUCUAAUGAUUACUGGUGACUGAGUUAUAGUUGUAGUGAUAACACAAUGACAAUUGCAAGUGCCCUCACAUUCAAUAUUUAGAACCUGAAGCUAACGGCGAGUUUCGUGCGUACGUGAGGUUCUGUCUGUGCCGUUUCCCGUGGUGUUCUGUGAGGAGGCAGUUGAGUCUGUUGUGCUGACUGAAUGUGAUUUCGCCUUUACUUCGAAGUGCCCUACUAGAGUAAAGGCCUCGAUACCUUAUAGCAGCUGCAAUAGACGCAUGGUUUAU